AUGGAGAAGCAGCAGCAGGAGAGGAUGCUCCUCCAAGCCGCCUUCGACGGCAACCUCCGCCUCGUCAAAAAGAUGGCGCGGAGGCUCAACUCGGGGCCAGGCGAGGCGGCCAUCAUGGCGGCGGUGGUUGACGGAAACAGCGGGAACAGCGCGCUGCACCUGGCGGCCAUGGAGGAGAAGAUGGACGUCUGCAGGUACCUCGUGGAGGACCUCCGCCUUGACAUCAACCAAACCAACGACAAUGGUGAAACUCCGCUAUUCCUUUCUGCAUUUUUCGGGAGAACCGUGGCUGCAAAAUAUCUUCUUGCUCAUGAUGCCGAUCCAAAGUUAGGUGGUAAAACAGGAUCGCCUCUCCAUGCUGCUGCACACAAAGAACAUCAAGGAAUAGUCAAACUGCUGCUUUCAAGAGGAAUUGACGUGGAUAUACCUUCCCCGCUUGGGACUCCGUUGCAUUUGGCUGCUACUUAUGGUCAAGAUGGUACGAUGAAGAUUUUGUUGGAGCACCAUGCAGAUCCAAACAAGGUUCUCAACCUUGAUGAUACCCCAUUGAGUAUGGCCAUAAGGCCCAUACCAACUGCAUCGGUGAACUGUGUGAAGCUACUCAUUAAGGCUGGCGCUGAUGUGAAUUUCACUGACUCGAAUGGUGGUAGUUACGUGGCGUUGGCAGCAACUUGUGGCUCAGCUGGCAUCAUGAACUGUUUACUAGAAGCUGGUGCCAACCCGAAUAUUGCAGAUGAAUUUGGUAUAACUCCAAUUGAAGUUGCUGCUUCCCAAGGCAAAAGAGAAAUUGUUGAAAUGUUAUUUCCCGUAACUUCUCCGAUUUCAAAGCUUCCCGAUUGGAGCAUUGACGGGAUCAUUUCGCAUGUGAAAACUUUUGGUUUGCAGCAGGAUAAACUUAAGUGUCAGAAGAAAAGAGCUGAAUUGAAAUUAAAAGCUGCUGAGGCUUUUAAGAGAAGUGAAUAUAUGAUGGCAGCAGAGAUGUAUACUGUUGCAAUGGAACUUGGCCCUAGCUCAGAUGAUUAUGCAACCCUGCUAGCAAAUAGGAGUCUCUGUUUGUUGCGCUUGGAAAAUGGACCUAUGGCUCUCAAAGAUGCUACUUUGUGUAGAAUGAUGCGACCCAACUGGCCAAAAGCCUGCUAUCGACAAGGGGCUGCUUUUAUGCGUCUGAAGGACUACGAAAAAGCAUGUGAGGCUUUCGCAGAAGGCCUAAAGUUGGACCCCAAAGCCGUUGACAUUGAGAAUGCUUUAAGGGAAGCAACUGCAAUGAAGACUUAA